AGCAUAUGAUUUACUUGUAACCUGGUUUCCGCCGAAUGGGAAUUCUGGGAAUUGAGGUCCCAAUUUAUUUGAGGAACAUCAGAUUGGAAAAGCUUGAUUUAGAAGGAGCCGGAGACUGAAACAGCAAACAAAAUGUUUCGUUUUGGGAAGGAUUAACCUGGUUUCCUUAACAGAAGCACCAAGCCUCAAUCCAGGCAAACAUGAAGUCGCUGCGCCGGAGAGUAUCUCAUUCCAGGAGUGAAAGCUCUGACUACACCGAGAAGGAAAAGGAGAUGAUGGCAGAAGUCGAACUAAGAAAACUGCAGCAACAGUUUCGGAUGAUGGUGGAGAGCCGCAAGUCCCUUGGUUUAAAAACACAGCAACAAUUGUUCCAUCAGGAAAAGCACAUCCAUGCCUUGACACAAGAACACGAUGCGAUUAAUUUGCUGCUGACUCUCACCAAAUCACCCCGCCACCUUUUCAUCGAUGACCGGAACUUCAUGGAGCUCAGGUUCCUUCUGCAGACCAAAGACGAGUACGAUGCUCUCAUCAGAGCCACCAAAAAUUUGAUUGCAGAACUUGAUGACAAGAUAGAAGAGGUGGAAAAAAAGAUUAAAACCCAAAAAGUUCUGAUGAUGAAGCUGAGGCAGGAGCGUGAUGGGAAGUGGCUUCAGAAGCAGAUCCACAAACUGGACAACCGGCUCAAUCAUGCUACGGUACAUUUUGACACUAUCUUGACCAGAAAUGCCAUGCUCCGUGAAGAAAUAGAAACCCUGCAGUGCCAGAAGGCGAUCUUUGAAGGCAUCUACUCACGACUUCACAAGAAGUUUGAGCAGCAAAAGAGGACCAUGAAUGCAUCCAUUGAGCAGUCAACACAAGCCUACGAGCAGAGGGUUGAAGCCCUGGCAAGGAUCUCUGCCAUAAAUGAACGGCGGUCCAAGGAUAUUGCCCAGUUCAACAUAGAGUUUCGGGAGCUGGAGCGAAUCUAUAACCACGAGACCAAGCUGAAGGCAUUCAUGCUCAUCAAACUGGUGGACCGCUCUGAAAUUGAGGAACAGGCCAAAAAGGAAGAAGCGCUCAAGGCCAGGAAGCGGGCCAAGUCCAAAGGGGAGAGCUUCGAGAGCUACGAGGUGGCCUACAUGCGGCUGCUGAAGCUGACGGAAAACGGGGACAUCGGGCAGCUGGUGGAUGACUACCUGGAGAAGGAAGGGAAGAACUUUGCCUACUUCAGCUACGUCACAGAACUGAACAAUGACAUGGAAAGGCUGCAGAAGAGGAUUGAAGAAGUCCAGAACGAAAUCAGCAAUCUGAAAUCCCAGCAGAAGGCAGCUGAAGAUAUAAUUCAUGGCAGUCUGAAAGACAUGGAGGAAAAGCUGCAGAAGACCACCGAAAACGCCAAUCUCUAUGCUUACAACCUGAAAGAGAGCAGCAAAAUCUUGGACCAGCUGAAAUCCGCAGUGGCUUUCCUGUUCAAGCAGAUCGGCUGCGACGCCAUCACGAUCACGCGGCAUCUGGGAGAGACUGGAGAGAUCACGGAUCAGAAUCUGAUGCAGUAUUUCAGCAUUGUCGAAAAGAAAAGCAACGACCUUUUGCUGAUCGAAUCCUUCUUGCGCUACAAGGAAGUCGAAGGGGAGCUGGACACCGUCCCAUUGCUGAAUCCCUUUUUGGGCGGGAGUGCUCUUCUGAAGAAAAUGGACACCGUUAAAGUGGCUCCGCCUUCCCUCAGCGUGGAUCCCUUUGCAGACGUGGGCGAGCCUACAGAACCGCUAGACCAUAAAAACCUGCGGGCCUUGGUCUUGGAGAAUCAGGAAACAGCCAGGUUGAAUUCCGCCCCAGAAAGACUGGACAGCGGCGGCAAAGAUAAAAAGAAAUUGUCACCAAUAUAGAAGCUAAGAUAGAAACGGGCGGCAGGACAAGAAACCGUCUUUUUUCAUCAGCUUCUUUCAUAUACUUAGUUUCAUGUAUCUACUUUUAAAUAUACAUAUAUAUAUAUACACAGUACAAAACGGGAUACCACGAUGGAUUUUCUUUGCAUAGGAUAAAAAAAAAAGUAUGAACAAAGAAAGCAUUUGUCUCUUGAAUGUCUACAGCUUGCUGUCUUGCUUCCAGUCGUCUUUCUGGUUUCCCUGAAUUUCUCUCUCUUUUUUUUUAUAUGCCCUCAAAUAUCUAACUGGACAUCAUCCUCCAGCCAUCAAAGUUUGAAAAGGCAGAAGUGACAGUCCAACACAAACAGAAAACCCCACUUUGAUGAGGGCUGCAUUUAGGUUGCAUCAGGUUUUUGUUUUGCUAUUGCAGAAGUUAAACCAUUUUCUCCCUUUUUUUCCCCAGGAGAACAAAUUCCUUAGAUGUACUAAGACAUCUUCUGUUCUGACAAAGAUGCUGCAGAACACUUAAAACGACUCCUACAGCCUCAGCAGGGGCUAUUUUCCCCCCUCUAGCACCCUGUAAAGGUGACUCUCCUCCUUGCCCUUAAAACACCUGACACAGUUAUUGAUUCUGUUGUUGUUACAUUUUUACUGUGCGGCUGUUGCAGAGUCGAGCCAUUUCCCUGAUUUGGCAGGUUCUAUUAGCCAAAGAAGAUUAAGGGAUCUGUUUCUGCCACCUCAUUUUUUUCCAAUAAAAAUAGCAAGGCCCCAAGGAGGCCUCUGGGCUGCGCAUACAGAAGGACCCUGCAAAGAUCAGAUGGAGAGAAAAGAGGUGAAGCGCCUGUAAUGGAAUCCAUGACCUCCAGUUCAUUCUUGAAUUAAUGUUGGUCCCUCAUGUUGAUCCUUGUCAGCACGGGUGCAGAGUCUCCUAAAUAAGCCACUAUGGCUUAGUGUCAACCAAGCUUUGCCUUAAUGUUCUUCCUAGGGCUGAUGUUCUACGGAUAUGGCUUCAUUAUAAACCAGUUACGUAUCAGUUCUUAAGCCUUUCUAAUUUUCUUAUUUCUUAUAUCUUAAAAAAACAGAAGACCCACCUCAAUAAGACAUUUUAAGAUGUAAAGUGGAAAAAUGCCCUUUGGUCCUUAGCCCUUUCAGUGCUAAGAGGCAGAGUGGAUGAGAAGUGGGGUGUGGACUUACUGAAGUAGGAUCAUGACUUGGAUUUAUCGUGAGUGCUUUUCUAGGUACCAGACAGUUUUACUAUUUAUAGCCCACCGUGAAUGAGCUGUGUUAUCUCACAGCAUGUUAACAGAGAGCAAAUGCUGUACCAUAAAGAUUGCAUAUGUGUGUGGUUUUUGAAAAGCCUGGGGUUGUAAUCCCAAUAUAGCUGGAGCAUUUCAGGUUGGCCGGCUCACAAAGAUAGACCACCAAGUAGUAGUCAUUGGAAAUCUGGCUUUGCAAUCCUGGACGCUCAACACAAACUCUGCAACCACUGGCUCUGAAUGGGUCUCUCAACCUAUGUUAGGUUAGCCUGCCUGUUACAGCUGACUUCAUGACUAGCUACUUGGAAAGAGCAGACGAUGGACAACUUUACAUGCAUCCAGAAGGACAAUCGUGUGGUUCCAGUCGUAUGCUUCCAUUGGGUAAGAGAUUCACAUUAAUGUAGUAGCUGACGUGUUAGGGGAGUGGGAGGGAGAGGGAUCCUGGGUUCACAUUUCCAUGAUCAUCAGGAGAUAAGAUGUGCCUAUUGACCUUUUCAAGGGGUUACUCUGGGGACAGAAGGGACUAGAAAUGCUACUCAAUCGAGGGAAAUUAAGAGAGAUAGUAGGGUGAGUAAGAUCAAUAGAUUUGUGAUGGCACGAUGGUUAGAAUGCAAUAUUUCAGGCUAACUCUAUAUUCCCACUCCCAGGAGUUUGAUCCUGACCAGUUCAAAGUUGAUUCAGCCUUCCAUCCUUCCGAGGUCGGUCAAAUGAGAAGCCAGAUUGUUGGGGGCAAGAGGCUGACUCUGUAAGCUGCUUAGAGGGGGCUGUCAAGCACCGUGAAGUGGUAUAUAAGUCUAAGUGCUAUUGCUCUAAUAGGUAGGAAGCCUCCAUAGAUGGGUUGGGUUCCUAGCAAAUUUCCAUACCCUGGUGAAAAUGGCUGCCGUAUUCCAUCAAUAGGAUUACUUAGCUGCUUUUAGAAGGUACACACCUGGCGUAUUUUUCUGCUUUGGUGUGUUGUUCAUGGAUGAUCAAAAGAGGGUCAUCAUACAUGACCGGGACCUAAAGCUUGUGAGCAAACCUAGAUAACACCUGUAGGCCAACUUUUUUCGUACCCAUGCCUUCCUCCAGUUGAACAUCAGACGAGAUCCCUUUUUCCAGUUUUCAUGCUUUUCUCUUUCAAGAUGUGUGUGUGGGGGUCAUUGGGUUGUGCAAUGUGUGUCUGUGUGAUGUCUUUUAUUCAAUUUCUAAGUUGGAAUCUUGCUUUUCUCUCACCUAACCUGCGCACGACCGGUUCAGGAAUUCUGGGAGUUGAAGUCCACGGGUUGUAAAGUUGUCCUAGUUCCCCAUCCCUGCUCUCCAGAAAUGGCUAGAGCAGCAGUGGCCAAUGUGUGGUCCUGUUGGUGGAGCCUCCUCCUGCUCAGCUCCACAUACUGUUGUUGGACAGCCUCUUAGCAU